ACAAUUUACGAAGCUCACACAACGGUUUCUAGGGCAUUCCUCAGACCACACGAGCCAAAAUCCAAAUCUCAACCCAGCCAUGGCGGAGGUCAUGAACUUGCCGGUGGAAUCUCUCGACCGUCCCGACGGCAAUGAGAAGCCCGCCGACGAUCCGGAGAAAUCUUCUUCCCCUACCCAGCUUGAACCGCCUCCGCAGCAGCCGCAGCAGCAGCCCCAGCCGCCGCCGCCUCCGAGGAGGCGCGACCGGGAUUCCCGGGAGAGGAGGGACGAGCGGGACCCAGACCGCCCUCCCUCCCGCCGUGACUACUACGAUCGCAACCAGUCGCCUCCACCGAGGGAUAGGGACAGAGGGUACAAGCGCCGGGGGAGCUCGAGCCCUCCGCCCUACAGGGACCGCAGGAGGUCUCCCCCGCCGCCUUACAAGCGGUCGAGGAGGGAGGAUGGGGGGUAUGAAGGCAGGAGAGGGAGCCCUCGGGGCGGAUUUGGACCUGGAGAUAGGAGGUUCGGCUAUGAUUAUGGCUUUGAUGGGGGCAGAUAUGGUGAAGAAAGGGGCCGGUACAUGGGCCGCUCAGCUGGAGGCUACCCACCUGAAUGGGAGGGUCGUGGUGGCUAUGGUGAUGGUCCUGGCGUAACGAGGGAAGGGCUGAUGUCAUACAAGCAGUUCAUCCAGGAGCUCGAAGAUGAUAUUUUGCCCUCAGAAGCUGAACGCAGAUACCAAGAAUAUAGAUCAGAGUACAUUUCAACUCAGAAAAGAGCCUAUUUUGAUGCCCAUAAAGACGAAGACUGGCUGAGAGAUAAAUAUCAUCCGACAAAUUUAGUGGGUGUUAUAGAAAGGAGGAAUGAACUUGCAAGGAAGAAUGCAAAGGAUUUUUUGCUCGAUUUGCAGAGUGGAGCAUUGGACUUGGGCCCAGGAACCAACGCCACACCCCCAAACAAAUCUGGGCAGGCUAGUGACCCUAAUUCUGAUGAGGAAGUAGAUGGAAGUGGCAAAAGAAGACGUCAUGGUAGAGGUGCAGCAAGAGAUACUGACCUCAUUUCUUCCGCCCCCAAGGCUCAUCCAGUCAGUUCUGAACCCAGAAGAAUACAAGUUGAUGUUGAACAGGCGCAGGCCCUUGUACGCAAGCUAGACUCCGAGAAAGGAAUUGAUGACAAUAUUUUAGGUGGAUCUGAUAAUGAUAAAAUGAGCAGAGACAAAUCUCAUGGUGGCUCCAGUGGCCCAGUUAUUAUAAUUAGGGGUUUAACUUCUGUUAAGGGACUGGAAGGUGCAGAACUUUUGGAUACGCUCAUCACUUAUCUCUGGCGGAUCCAUGGUUUGGAUUAUUAUGGAAUGACUGAGACAAGCGAGCCCAAGGGUCUUCGGCACAUUAGGCCAGAGGGAAAGGGUCCUGAUGCUGCAGGUAAUGGGCCUGAGUGGGAAAAGAAGCUUGAUGUGCGAUGGCAAGAGAGACUGAAGAGUCAGGAUCCUCUGGAAAUAAUGACUGCUAAGGAAAAGAUAGAAGCAGCUGCUGUUGAAGUAUUAGAUCCUUACGUGCGGAAAAUAAGAGAUGAGAAGUAUGGAUGGAAAUAUGGUUGUGGGGCCAAGGGAUGUACAAAACUUUUUCAUGCUGCUGAGUUUGUGCACAAGCAUCUUAAACUGAAACAUCCAGAACUGGUGAUGGAAGUUACUGCCAAAGUUCGUGAAGAGCUCUAUUUCCAGAACUACAUGAAUGAUCCUGAUGCCCCUGGUGGUCAGCCUGUUAUGCAGCAAACUAUAGCGAGAGACAGAAUGCAAAGGCGCAGGCUGGGCUUAGAAGGUCGACUAAGAGAUGACCGCGGGCUCCGACGAGAUCGGGAAGGUCGACCAGUUGGAGGUGAGAGAUUCGAUAGGUCCGACAAUCCACAAUCGGGUGAUCUACAGUCUGACAAAGACGGUGCAGAUGGAGGAAAUGGAGAUGACCCUAUGUUUGACACUUUUGGAGGGCAGGGACUUCAUGUUGCUCCUUUUGGCUCUGAAAUCCCCCCUCCUCCAGUGCUGAUGCCUGUUCCUGGUGCUGGUCCGUUGGGACCAUUUGUUCCUGCUCCCCCUGAAGUAGCGAUGCAGAUGUUGCGGGAGCAGGGAGGUCCUCCCCCUUUUGAAGGUGGUGGAAGAAAUGGGCGGGCUGGGCCUGCUCCUAUCAUCGCCUCAUUUCCUGGUUUUCGACAGGAUCCUCGACGAUUGAGAAGCUAUCAAGACUUAGAUGCCCCGGAGGAUGAAGUGACCGUCAUAGACUACAGAAGUUUGUAGGUGUCGCUGCUUUCAGAAGAUGCUGUUUUAUUCUUGAGCAGGAAGCCUGCUCAUGUGAUGCUGUGACACUAAAGUGAUUUUGUCCUUCGAACAAUAGUCUUGUGUAGUAUUUCCAUCAAGAUGUGAGCAAGCAGCAGGCACUUCCCUAAACUCAUAAAAUUUCCUGCUCGCAUAUCUGGGGAUUAUUUUUGGGUUUCUGCAGAUAUCGAAUAUUAGGUUCGUGUGAGAUUGGUGGUUAGAUCCUUUGCUUUUCCUGAACUGACCGGCAAAAGAUGUCUCUGUUCUUUAGGGGUAAGAAUGUUGAACUGGACUGCUGUAUUUGAGAUUGACUGGAAAUGUACUCGGUUUGAUUCUUCGAGAGCACAAUCAGUACAGAUAUUUAUAUCAUGUCCGAUGAUCCUAAA